CCUUGCAAUCAACAGCUUCAUUUCACUGUCAACUUUUUUGUUCUGUUUUAUUUUUAAUUUUUCUUGUUUUAUUAUUUUUUUUUGGUAAGGAUUUUUCUUGUUGAAUUAGAGGCAGUCAAGGUGGUUGACCUCGCCGGGCGGCACUGUGAGAAACUAAAAUCUAUCAUCUUCGAAAGUUAAAACCUAUUCAUUCUUGUAGAGAGUUGAGGAGCAUGCAUUCUUCGCGUUGCAGUUUGAAAUUUUCGAGUUUAAUUUCUGUUUGAAUUUGGCAAAUUUUGAGGAAGAUAAAAAUUGGGAGAUCUGGAACCGAAAUUCUCCAUCAAUGGCUUGGAAUCCGUUCCAAGACAUCAGUAACUCGAAGCCACUGUUCUUGACGAUAUACGCGACUGUUCUAAUCGGUAUCAUCUGCUCCUCAGUCUAUGUGUUCUCUGCUCUUUACGGCGGGAAAACGGUCGAUCCGACCACGUUGUUUUCUCCCGCUUACCCGAUCACUCAGGAUUCUACUCAAGUGGAUCAUGCUCUGAAUUCUGAACCUGUGACAAGGGGCGAAGUACCAUCAUUAUCUGCAUCGAAGCCUGAAAGGAUGAAGCCUAUAUGGGAGGUACCACCCCGUGGCUCAAAAAUGCCACCUCUGAAGACCUUUCGACUAACAAAAGAGCUCGUGAGUGACAGAGCGAUAGACAAUGUCAUCAUUGUAACCUUUGGGAACUAUGCUUUCUUGGAUUUUAUCCUGAAUUGGGUUAAACACUUGACUGAUCUCAGCCUUCCUAAUUUCCUUGUUGCAAUGCAAAAUUUUGAUUCUCCAGUCUAA